UAUAUAUAUAUUUUUCUUAAAGUAUAAUAGAGGUUAUGAUUGUUACUGAAAUUGAUUAUGAUAUAUCAAGGUUAAGAUUGUAAGUAUAUUUUAUAAUGGAAGAGUUUAUUCCAACACGAGUAUCAAGGAUAAAAAAAGAUGCUGCAAAGGAAUUCAUAUCGGUAAGCUAUGAAAAGCCGAAAAAAAAAGAAGAAAUAAUUAAAAGUAAAGAAAACAAUGAUAUACAAAAUUCUAAAUUUAAUAUAACAAAAAAUGAACGAAAUGAAAAUAAUGAUGAAAAAAAGAAAAAAGAAGUAGAAAUGAAACGUAUCAAAUUUGAGGUUAUGAAAUUUGGUAUGUCUGGUUUCAAAGGAAUAGAAGCAGAAGAAGCAGAAGUUGCCCUUGCUAUAAGUUUAGGAGCAAAACCUCCAAAGAAAAAAGGUAUUAAUUAUAAAAUAUUAAAACAUGAAAAAAAACAGGAAACACAACAAAAAGAUACAAAAUUUGUAUCAGGCGUUGAAAAAAGUUUGAUAAAUCGUAAAAUUAAAAAAGUUCAUAGGAAAAGUUCUAAUAAUUUAUUAAAAAUGUAUGGAAAAAUAAAUAAGAAAACUUUGAGUAAAAAAAUUAAAUAAAUUUUCUUUAAUUAGGAAAAUUUAAGUAAGGAAAUAUUUAAUUAUUGGAUAAAAAUUAAAAAAUUUAAUAAAAUAUUAACCAUAAACAUUUAAAAUAUUUUUAGUUAUUUUGUUUAAUAGUUACAACAUUAACUAAUUAUCUAACAGUAAUGUAUUUUAUGUAUUGUAUAUAUGACAAUAUAUAUUAUAACAAGUAAUAAAAUAAUAUUUUUAUA